CCGAGCGGGCGUCGCCGCCGCCGCCGCCGCCGCCGCCUCCGCCUCCGCCUCCACCUGCGGGCCUGAGCCGUGGGCUGAGGCGGAGCUGCUGCCGCCGGAAGCGCGAUGCCUUGAACCUGGGAUAACUAUGUGAAGCAACACUGUUUCUGGAUUUCAAAAGACAUCCUUUCAUCAUGGGACAGCAAUUUUCGGAUCAGACACAGUUGGUUCUUAACAAGUUACCAGAAAAAGUAGCAAAACAUGUCACAUUGGUUCGAGAAAGUGGCUCCUUAACUUAUGAAGAAUUUCUUGGGAGAGUAGCUGAACUUAAUGAUAUAACUGCUAAAGUGGCUUCUGGCCAGGAAAAACAUCUUCUCUUUGAGGUACAACCUGGAUCUGAUUCCUCUGCCUUUUGGAAAGUGGUUGUACGUGUGGUCUGUACGAAGAUUAACAAAAGCACUGGCAUUGUGGAAGCAUCACGGAUCAUGAAUUUGUACCAAUUUAUUCAGCUUUAUAAAGACAUCACAAGUCAAGCAUCAGGAGUAUUGGCCCAGAGCUCCACCUCUGAAGAUCCUGAUGAAAACUCAUCAUCUGUAACAUCUUGUCAGGCUAGUCUUUGGAUGGGAAGGGUGAAGCAGCUGACUGAUGAGGAGGAGUGUUGUAUCUGUAUGGAUGGUCGAGCUGACCUCAUCCUGCCUUGUGCUCACAGCUUUUGUCAGAAAUGCAUUGAUAAAUGGAGUGACCGACACAGGAAUUGCCCUAUUUGUCGCCUACAGAUGACUGGAGCAAAUGAGUCUUGGGUGGUAUCAGAUGCACCCACCGAAGAUGAUAUGGCUAACUAUAUUCUUAACAUGGCUGAUGAGGCAGGCCAGCCCCACAGGCCAUGACCUUGGGGUGAAGGUCUUCUGUUGCUAUUAUGAGCUACAAACACUUUGGUCAUGGGAGAAGAAUGCAGGGAUAUUGUGGCACAGGCACAGAGAAAUCAAUUUUCCCUUACCCCCUUAUUUUCGCUAUUCUGACAAUUUGUUCCAUUUCUUUUGAUAAACUUUCCAUGUCUUCCAUUUAUAGUAAACUAAAAUUUGCUACUGUUUUAGACCAUA